CUUUUUCCUCUCCUGCUCACGUUUCCAAGAAAACAAACAACAUUUCUUUUUUAUUUUUCUCCCAAGACCAAGACCGCUUAUUUUUUAUUUAUCAUGUAAGAUUAUUAUUACUAUUAGACUGGUGGUGGUGCUUUUAGCCAUGAACACCUUGAAUAAGAUAUGUACUUCACUGGCGGUUGUUUUCGCGGUCUCUUUGGCGAUUUUAGUGGCUCAGAUUCUCUACGUGCUCUGGCGCCGGAGAACAUUUGGUAACCGGAGUCUAAGCAGCGGCGAAUUUAGCAGUGAAUCUUUAUAUCCAACGCCCUCAAAAGAAUUACUUUACUUCUUCUGCUGGAAGAAUCAGGCGUCUCGUAUUGAACCUGAUGCAGAAACAACAACGGCGGCACCGGAUGCUCCGCCGAUUACGUCGUCAGCGCAUGUUGAUGUGGAUGUGGAUGAGUUGCUGAAACGGCAUGCACUGUAUGGACCGUCUAGGGUUUUAUUCACUAUAAAAGAAGAGGAGAGAGAGGAAAUGGAGACGGAGCUGUCUUCUUCUGCAGAGAAAGAAGAGAACAAAGUUAACAGGAAGAAGAAGACGAGAAGUGUUUCUUUAGAAGAGAUUGUUGCUGUUGCUAUGAUGAUCAGCGCUGACGAUGCGACGCCGUUUUCUACUCCGUGUGCUUCGCCUCCGUACUAUACCCCGUCUCCCUCGCCUUCUCGUGAUAGAAAUUUGCCACAAGCAUCGGUCGAGGAUCCAGACGGCGUCGUUCUACAAGGCGAGUACGAUGUGCAAAGGGAACCGGAGAAAACGUUAGACAUUUCCGAUGGCAAAGCGAUGCCGUUUGUUAAUAUAGAGAUUCAACCUUUAUAGUGCAUAACUGCAUAUGAUAUACAGUAACAAUCUGAAAUCGUUCUGCCGUUUAUGACUCGCCGGCGUAAUCUUCGACAGUUUUUGUCAUGUACGUAUAUCGCUAUUUUUCUUUUCUUAAAAAAAAAAACAGGAAGAAAUCUAAUUUUUCCUGACAGGUAUUGGUAACUAGGGACCCAGUAGUAAGUGAGUUCCGAUCAUGCCACGUUAGUGUCAAUUAACAAAAUAGUAGCGUCAUAUGAAACGUGGCAAGAUCAGACGGUGGGAGGACCCUGUUGACCGACGUUGGGGAAGUGACUCAACGGAGUUGUACAUUUAUUUAUUUGAUGGUAAGAAAGGGGUGUAGAAGUAGAAGUAUUCAAGUAGGAAGUAAAUUUUCUUAGCCGUUGACGUUACGUAAAUGUGUCAGUAGCAGACUAAAAUAAAAUUUUCUACUGGAAAAAAAAUAUAAAAAAAAUUCCUGUAUAAAAGUAGUAGUUGGGGUUUUUGAAGUGAGCUAAUGAUGAUGGAUAAUUACGAGCCUUUAUUGCUCCUCAUUAAUUAUACUAUAAACUGAGUUACCAAA